GAUUGAUCGACCCCUCCCGUCACACCAGCACCUGCAACCACAUGCACGACCUGUGUUUUGGUUGGAGGUCUGCACUUUCUCCCCAAAAAAAUAUACUUUUCGAUCUUUGGCCCAGCUUGCUCUCCAAUCCUCCGCCGCAUCGUGUACCACGAGCCCUAAGCAGACUGCUCAAAAUAUUGCUUCGACUACGGACACUUAUUGCACCCGGCCCAGCAUGGCGACCUCAACCAAGGUGUUCUCCCUUGAGGGAAAGGCCCUGAAGCUGGACACGGCUGAGGACCUCAACGCCCACAUUGCCGCCCUCAUCUCUAUGAAUGAUGUCGAGGAGGUCAGGUUCUUGGGCAACACUCUGGGUAUCGGCGCCUGCAAGCGUCUGGGCGAGGUCCUGUCCACCAAGAAGAGCCUUCAGAAUGCCAACUUCGCCGACAUCUUCACUGGCCGCCUCCUCAACGAGAUCCCCGAGGCGCUUUCACACCUCCUGACCCAGAUCACGAACCUGCCCAACCUGAGGACGAUCAACCUCAAUGACAACGCCUUCGGCAUCAACACGUAUGCGCCCGUCGCCGCCUUCCUCUCGUCGCAUGUGCCGCUGCAGCACCUGUAUCUCAACAACAACGGCCUGGGCCCCGAGGCUGGCAUGAAGAUCGCCGGCGCGCUCUCGGAGCUGCAUGCUAAGAAGGAGGCCGCGCGCAAGGCGGGUCAGGCCGACGUGCCGAAUCUCGAGACGGUUAUCUGCGGGCGCAACCGGCUGGAGAACGGCAGUAUGCGAGCCUGGGCCAAGACUUUCAGUCUUCACAACCGUCUGCGGGAGAUCAAGAUGGUGCAGAAUGGUAUCCGUCAGGAGGGCAUCGUGCAUCUGAUCACGGACGGACUCAGCCACCUGUCCGACAUCCGGGUACUGGACCUGCAGGACAACACGUUCACGUUGACGGGGGCAACAGCACUGGCCAAGGUGGCGCCGAACUGGACCGAGGUCGUGGAGCUGGGCAUAAACGAUUCGCUUCUCAGCAACAAGGGUGCGAAGGCACUGGCCAAGGCGCUGUCCAAGGGAAAGAAUGCCAAACUCGAGGUUCUGCGGCUGCAGUUUAACGAGAUAAACUCCAAGGGCGUGCAGGCUUUGGCCGAUGCGGUCAAGGACGCGCUGCCGGUGCUUCGCAAGCUGGAGAUCAACGGCAACCGACUGUCAGAAGGGGACGAUGUCAUCGCGGCCAUGACCUCGCUUCUGGAGAAGCGGAAGGAGGAGCUCGCGGGCGACGUGGUGAUGGAGGACGACUGGGGUCUGGACAGCCUGAGCGACCUUGAGGAGGAGUCUGAGGACGAGGACGAGGAUGAGGAGGAGGAGGAUGAGAUCGAGAAGGAGGUACUUGCCGAGAAGCUGGUCAAGGACGAGGAAGAGGCGCUAGAGCAGCCCGUUAUCCCGGUCAAGGACAAGCAAGUCGACGACCUAGCCAAGAAGCUCGAAAAGACUGUGAUUUAGAUGGGGGCGGCAGCAGGGCGGCAACACGACCGCCGGCGCUGCAUUUGCUAUUUUGCUUGCACAUAUCUCCUCCUGUCUGCGCUUGCCAAUCGAUACCCGUCUUCUUUUCGGCAAUAACUCGCACUCUCUCGGGCGGCUUGUGUGAUAGCUCGUAUAGUUUGGGAGGAAAGGAUCUGUUCAAGCGAUAGAUGUUCUUAUUUUGUAAUACCAGCGUGGUCAACUCAGUAGAUAGGCACACAGACAGGUAUCUGGACAGGUACCUGGACGUGAAUGGUUGUCGAUGGCCUGCCUGACUCUCGAGGCGGCGUAUGGCAGCAUCCAACGACUGUGCUUCUAGAAUCUGGAUCGUGAUCUGUAGCCCUGUUCGCAGGAACCCGAGUAUUAGGGGGGUAUAUGGAGACGUUGCAUGUAUAAAUGCUCCUUGGGCAGCUGGGCAAAACCCCUGGAUCUGUGGUUUGG